AGUAGUGUUUCUCCUUUCGCAAUUACUUCUUCAAUUGUGUAAACCCUGCCCUCAGUCGCCUUCUAUUAAAAAUCACACUUGCUCGCCUUUAUUGACGCCCUGCCCCUUGCGAACUCGAAAUACUACACUGUCGUUUGGAUGAGUCUAAAGGCACCAAAUAUGCGAGCCGCUAGGCACGCUGCUUUCUCGGGGAGGUCCUCGCCAUCACUGGCUGGUCGCAUAACUCGGCCAUCUGUACGCGUAAACCAGAGCUCGGGGAAAGUAUGGGGCUCGGAGGAAGAAAACGCAGCGCAGGUCCGGCGUCUUGUAAACCGGGACCGCAAGGAAUUCCUGGGCAACGCGCAAGGGGACAUUUUGGGGAAAUACAAAGUUGAGCUUGGAGACGCAGCAUCACCAACCCAGAGCCCAGUCAUCGCAGAAAACGCGCCCAACCCCUUUGGCAGCUCCGCCGGCGCCAGCAACCCAUUUGGGUCAGCGCCAGCGGCCUCGCCCUUCGGCUCCAGCAGCAGCAGCGCCAGUGGCAGCAGCGGUGGUUCCGGAGCCAACCCCUUCCGGUCAAGCAUGGAGCCGGCGGGCCUGCGUCCGGACAUGUCGCCCGACCCGUUCGUGAAGGAAGCACCGGUGAACCUGCUUAAGAGCAUCACCACAACACAAGUGGUGCUGUUCUGCUCCUUUUCGCUCAUCAUCCUUCUCAUGCUGGGCACCUUCAAUGUCGUACUCAACAGCGGAGCCAUCCGGCUGGCGGGUAUCGAUUAAGGGUUGUGAUAGGUGGUAGGAAUGGCUCGUCGGGGUUGUUGGAACACGUCUAUGUUCGAAGUGGGAGAGGGAGAGGGCUUGACGUGCGGAAUCAGGGGAUGAGGGGAGGAGCUGGCAUGUAGCGGGGCCAUUUUGCGAACGGCUCGGGCAUGAUAUGUUGAUGAUGAUGAGAGGGAUGUGACGUUUUUGUACGAAAUGGCUGCUUCAAUGGGUGAGCUGAUGAGAGGAGAGCUGAGUGGUGAAUGGAGGGCGGUAUGAGGAGAGGAAAAGGAGGGCGUUGGCUUCACAGUCGAAGCCCUUGCGUGAGUGUCAGAGAGAAAGAGAGGAUGUUUAGGGGGUGUUGGUUACUUGGCUUGCGACAUGGGUACAUGGUACCUGACAAGCGGCCCGCGUUGGGCUUGUAACCAGUAUACCAG